AUGCUUCAGCCUAAAGACACUAUUAAUGCCUACUUCUCAUCUUCUCAAAAUCAACCUCAGAGCCUUACAGAGAUAGAUCACAUUGUCUUUGGGAUUGGAUCGAGCUUGAACUCGUGGCCUGCACGUAGAGAUUAUGUUAAGCUUUGGUGGGAUACUCAGAGAAUGAGAGGGUGUGUCUUUGUUGAUAGUCCUUUGUCGUCUUUGGAUAACAAUACAGAUUCUCACCUUCUCCCUCCGAUUUGUGUUUCUGAAGAUACGUCACGGUUUAGAUACACUUGGGCAGGCGGUGACAGAAACGCGAUUCGGAUCGCGCGGUGCGUUUUAGAAACCGUAAGGAUGUUCAAUGCCUCCGCAGAUGAAGUAAGAUGGUACGUGUUUGGAGACGACGACACGAUAUUCAUCCCGGAGAAUCUGGCAAGAACGCUCUCUAAAUACGACCACAGAUCAUGGUACUACAUAGGAGCUACCUCAGAGAUUUAUCACCAGAACUGGUUGUUUGGAGACGACAUGGCAUUUGGCGGUGGAGGGGUCGCUUUAAGCAGCUCGUUGGCUAACGUCUUAGCUAAAAAUUUCGAUUCUUGUAUCGAACGGUAUCCACAUUUGUACGGAGGAGACGCUAGGAUUCAUGCUUGUGUGCUUGAGCUUGGAGUUGGAUUGUCUCACGAACCUGGCUUCCAUCAGUUUGAUGUAAAUGGAAAUGCAUUGGGAAUAUUGAGAUCACAUCCAACGAGACCGUUGGUGUCUCUACACCACAUGUCUCACAUUGACCCACUUUUCCCAAACUCAACUACUUUCUCCGCCAUCCAACACCUCUUCGCAGCCGUAGAACUUGAUCCUCUCCGUAUAUUUCAACUCUCGGUUUGCUACGACCGUCGGUACUCUUGGACCAUGUGA